AUGACUGAUGCAGACCCUCCCCCAGAGGCCCAACGCUUUGGUAGAUCUCAGACGCCCGAAUCUCCUCGUCCGGUCCAUAUUCCUGAACCUUCAACAAUCCCGGUACUGCUGAACCAGAUGGAUCCGGUCUUCAAUGACACCGAGACCUAUAAUAUCCCUCAUAACCAAACUUUUUCUCCUUACUCAGACUCUGCUCGCGCUAUGAAUGAGAAUGAACCGAAUCAAACCUCGGAAGAGCAAGACGUGGUCCAAAACUUUCUAAGAGGCGCCGAAGAGGAAAACACCCGUCUGGAUGAGGCUGCCCAGCUCUCCUCCACAAACGGACACAUGGUCCAGAAUGAUGUCGGCAUCGAAUCCAAUCUCUUCACAGCCCUUGCAAACGCUUCUGCGUAUCCACAGUCAUCUGAAGCCCAUGCCAAUCCGCCUCUAGGUUCUGCCAGCCAAAUCCAAGGUCCUACUCAACCGAGCAAUGAUACUUCGUCGGCCACUGAUCUCUCUGCCAAUCCAGAUACCAGCGAUAAUGCACAAGCAAAUGGAGAGGGCGCGCCUGGGUCAGAUCUCGCCGUGAGGCCGGGUUUCCAAGCACAUGAAGGUGGAGUAGACUAUCAGUCGCUUCUGGAUACCAUUUCUAAAUCUGCUUCUACUGCUCCUGCUGCAGAAUCUGUCUCUGCCCCAACUACUGCCGCUUCGCUUGCCAACCAAGGAACCCAAUCAUUGCUCCCUAUUCCAGGUUUACCCCCUAAGCCACCGACCCAAGUUCAAUCCUCAGAUUCUCCCACUGUUGUCACAUUUCCUAACUCCAACAACGAUCAACUGGGCCAAUAUCAACAAGUGAGUGCGGAUCACGCCAAUACCAAUGGCACCGAACAAGCUGCCCUGGCGCCUGUGCAGUUUCAGCCUCAAGCCGUGCCGAUGCAAGCCCCGGGCACUUGGGCGUAUUCUGGCAUUCAAGCAUCACCCACAAGCACGGAUCCUACCUCUCCUGCCCAGUCUCUCCAGGCACCGGAACAAGGACGAACAUUUGAUGCGAAUGAACGCCCGUGGACCCCCAGCACACAAGCGCUGUAUGAUUCUUUCCUUGAAGAUGAACGGAGGUAUGUGACAGAAGGAAUAUGGGACAAAUUCCCCCACGGUUCACGUCUCUUUGUUGGUAAUCUGCCCAGUGAAAAGGUCACCAAACGUGAUAUUUUCCACAUUUUCCACAAACACGGGAAACUUGCCCAGAUCUCCAUUAAACAGGCCUAUGGCUUCGUGCAAUAUCUUGAGGCCUCGUCGUGUCAAGCAGCGCUUCAAGCGGAACAAGGGGUUGAAAUUAGAGGAAGGAAGAUUCAUCUUGAGAUAUCGAAGCCGCAGAAGAACACACGAAGCCAGCAAGGCCAACAAGGAAACAAAAGACGCCGAUCUCGAUCACCAGAUCGUGGUACCUCGCGUCAGACCGAUCGAUUUGGACGCCCUAACUAUAGUGAUUUUCGAGACGAGAGAGGUAGGCGCGAGGAGUACCGACGGAGCCCCUCGCCCAGAGCCUAUCGAUCCAGAGAUGACUACCGGCAACCUGUUCAAAGCCCCCGCUAUGGAAGUGGUGGGAGACCGAAUUCCCCCUUUACUCCCAGCUUCUCAAAUCCACCUUCGGCAGGAUACGAUGAGGAAGCCACCCUCCCCUUACCUCGCAGAGAUCCACGAGAUGUGCCGGACGUGCAACUGCUCAUCCUGGAGCCUUCGGUGGCUCCAAGCUUCAUGAACUGGAUCGAACAAGGUUUCCGCAACAAAGGUUUACGUGCUUCAACGAUAUGGCUCAGCCCUCGACUGCCUCUGAACGCAGUCGUGAAGAGGCAGAUCAUCGAAGGUGUGCAGGCUGUGGUGAAACUGACGCAAGCCAACCAGUACAACAGCAAGAUACCCUUACAGGUCUUUGAUCGGAGUCAAGGGACGUCGAAUGUCAACUUUAACGAAUAUGUUGAUCUUGAUGUCCCCGUUGCCGCAGAUAUUGUGCUCCAUGCCCGACAAAAGGAACGGGGAAGUGUGCAACAAAGCCCCCAGUCCUAUCAGUCACAGGGGUAUUCUCAAUAUGGCUAUCCUCCUCCGCCGACACAAUACCCGCCAGCAUCUUUCCCUCAACACCACCACCAGCAGCAACAACCGCCGCCGCCACCGCCGCAACCUCAUAACCACUUUCAAUACGGCCAGAACACCCACUAUCAUAAUCCGGCACAAACACCAGUGACUCCGACUUCGGCUACAGCUGCGCCAAAUCUGCAGCAACUGCUAGCGAAUCUACGACAGCCGGGUGAUGGGCAGCCAGAGAACAUUGUGCCAAAUGGCAAACCGACCCCUGACCUGGCAGGCCUUUUAAGCAAUGUCACCCGCCAACAGCAGGGCCACGGAGGAGCACCAUUCCCGUCGCCGCACGGUCCUCCGCAUCAUCAUCAGCAGCAGCCACAGCCACAAGGUUAUGGACCUGGUGCACCGGCUUAUGCUGCGGGGCCACAAUCUCAACAGAACGUACAAAAUAUCAUGGAGACCCUAGCGAGGUACAACAGAUGA